AUGGCGCGCGAGCCGCGCAGGUGGCCGCGUAGGCGGUGGCGCGCGAGCCGCCCCCAGAACUUUGUCGUCGCGACCAAGGCCACGGGUGCCGGGACCUCGCUGGCGCGCACGGGGAGCUGCUUCGCUGCGCUCGUCUCUUUUGCCCGCGCGGCCUGCCACUUCCUCCGCGGUGACGGCGAGGCUUCGGACGCUCCGGACCCAAUGUUGCUUCUACGCCUUCGUGCGGCUGCACCGGAGCGCCAUCGUGGCUUCUCCUCACCUCCACUACCGAAGUGGAAAGAGAAAGAGACACAGAACGGAUGGCUUCCUUUUCAGAGUGAUGGAAUGAAGACUGUCGAGAAUACUCAUUUCAUGCAGAUAUAUCGUAGUCGUGAAGUAGGCCAGUCUUAUAUUACAUCCAUCGCAACAACAUUGCUAGCCACAUUGCAUGCUAUGUGGCUAGUAAUAAGAAUCAGACCACAAGUGAUAUUUUGCAAUGGUCCAGGGACAUGCUUUCCUCUAUGCAUCUCAGCUUUCCUUCUGAAGGUGCUUGGUUUGGGAUGGUCCUCCAUUUUCUACAUUGAAAGCAUUGCAAGAGUGAAGAAGCUGUCAUUGAGUGGUUUGCUGUUGUACAAGCUACGGAUAGCUGACCGGUUCUUUGUGCAGUGGCCCCAGCUGCAGCAUGAGUAUCCUCGAGCAUGCUACGCUGGUCGUUUGAUGUGA